AUAAGCAGUUCACCAAACCCCUACGGACAAAACGUGACGACAGGCCAACAGAAACCACUUUCCUUGUCCCGUCUUGUCUUUUCCUCAGAAAAUAAAAGAUGGUGAACUCUGAGACUGUGCUGAAAGGAGCACCGGUCGCUCUCCUCCUGAUGGCUCUCAUUGCGUCUGGACAAGGAGUGGAAAAGCUGGCUUCCUGCUGCACAUCGGUCAACAGCAAUGAAAUCAAAGAACCGAUUCUGGGAUACAUUAUCCAAGAGAGAAAUCUUCCAUGUGUCACGGCUGUCAUCUUUCUGACCAACUCCGGCCUGUACUGCAGCAGACUCAGGGCUCCUUGGGUUUACCGCAAGAUUCAAGAACUGAGAGCAAAGACUCGGUCACUGAUUCCAUCAUCUUCAGCCUCCCUCCUCUCCACGCUGACCUCCACUGCAACCCCUUCCUCUUCAUCUGCCCUUCUUUCCUCCUCUUUUUCUUCUGAAUUAGUGACUCCACCUGAGGUGACAUCUUCUUCAGCCUCCCUCCUCUCCAUCAUGACCUCCACAGCCUCCCCUUCCUCUUCAUCCAUCCUUCUUUCAUCUUCCUCUUCAAUUGACUCAGACUCCGCCCCCACAGAGCAAGUUGAUGAAACCUUUUGGGACGUCCUGAGUUCUUCUGCAUCUCCUUCAAGUCCAGCUGAUGAAGAAAUGCCACCAACCUAUUUAGAUGAAAUUAUUUCCUAAUGCUGCUAAACUGUUAGAACUUUACCAAUUCAUUACUUUAGUUUUUUUGAAUUUAUUUAUUUUGACGUUUAGAAAGUAAGAAAACAAAAAAACAAAAUGCGGGAUUUUAUUUAUUACCAGGUAUAUUUAAAAAUGUUUAGCAAUUAUAUUUCUGUUUUAUGUGACAUGUAACGCUAACUAAAUGUACUUAUUUAUAAAAUUGUUCCAUGAACAUGUUUUGACUUAUUAUUUCAACUUCUUAAGUUAUGUAAAUCAAAACUCUCAUAAAAAUGUUCAAAAACCGAGACUUUC